AUGCCAACCAGCACGUCUGCGCCUGAAAAGUCGAGACAGACCUCGGCUGGGAAGUCAUUCUUUGGAAGAAAAUUACACAAAGAGAAGUCGGUAGAUGAACGGUCCGACUCGCAUGGAUCGCACGAUAGUCUGGCGCCCCCUGGGAGCGCUCCCGGCUCUCGCUCGUCCCGACACUCCAAGCGGUCGUCGGUUCAGUCCGUGGACUAUCCCCACGAUUUCGAUCCAGCUGGCGUGUCCAUGACGGCGGGUGUACUCACUUCAAUCCCCUACGAUAGCUUGCCUGCCGAUACCAGAUCGCCUGUCCCCGUUGAUUACUUGUCGAGACCCGACUCAUCGCAUCGUAAAGAGCCAUCGCCCAACCACCUCGCGAAGGGAAACAGCGACUAUCACCAGUACCCGGCCUGGAAUCCGGCCAGCGUCCCCAGCAAUGGCAACAACGCCUCGUCGCACCCAACCGGUCCUCGGCCACCCCCGCAUGGCUCGAACGUGACCAUGGCGGGAAGUACUUCAGGAGACAAGGGUGCUCGAUACCAACAGUGGGGACGACCAGGCAGUUCUGCCGCCAAUACUGGCUUUAGCCAUAGCUCUUCUUCUACGCUUGAUUCCUCGGCGCCAUCGCGGCUGUCUUUCGACCAACUAAGUGUCCAUUCAUCGAUGUCAACCAAUACUCGAGGUUCGAGCUAUUAUGCAUCGGAGAGCUCCUCGCGCACGCUCACACCCUCACAUUCUGCCGAUCGCACCACCUACGCAUCGAGCGGCAGUUCCGGCCGUUUGUCGAAUGCACAGGCAGCAUGGCAGUCAACCCAGCCCGCUCAACCGCCAAAGAUUCCGGUCAACCAGGAGCAAUACCUUGCCCGGCCAAGGGACGAUCGAAUCGUGGAUCAGCUCUUUAUUGAGCUGAUGCAGAAACGAGGAUGGCAGAACCUUCCGGAGCAAGCCAAACGGCAGAUGUUGGCAUAUCCGGCUUCAAAAAAGUGGACCUUGGUACAUCAGGACCGGUUGACAGAGAUACAAGGAGAACAGAAGCGCCGGCAGAAUGCUCGGCAGACCCAUGGCCAUGAUGGACCGUCUGGUAUCUUGGAACGCGCUGAUGAGGAGGGAAGUCCGGAGUGGUACGUGAAGAAGGUCAUGGACGAUUCUAUCACAUCGAAACAACUAGCCAGUCUAAGUGUCAGUCUUCGAACGCAACCGAUCAGCUGGGUCAAAGCUUUUGUUGAAGCACAAGGUCAGAUUGCCUUGACGAAUGUUCUUGCUAAGAUCAACCGAAGGAAGGCUACAGGUGUCGUCCCAGCCCCGCCGACAGGCGAUAAGGAUCUGGAUCGCGAAUAUGACAUCGUCAAGUGUUUAAAGGCUUUGAUGAACAAUAAAUAUGGUGCGGACGAUGCUCUCGCACAUCAACAAGUCAUCGUGGCGCUUGUCAGCUCAUUGCUAUCCCCUAGGCUGAACACAAGAAAGUUGGUCAGCGAGGUAUUGACCUUUCUCUGUCAUUGGGCCGAAGGCCAGGGGCACCAGAAGGUUCUUCAGGCUAUGGACCAUGUCAAGAAUCAACAUGGGGAAACCGGUCGCUUCGAUGCCUGGAUGCGUAUUGUGGAGGUGACCAUCGACGGCCGAGGGAAAAUGGGCAGUUUGGUCGGCGCCAGCGAGGAAUAUCGCAGCGGCGGAAUAGGCAUGGAAAAUCAUCUGAUGGAAUAUGCUGUUUCGACAAUGCUGCUCAUCAAUAUGUUGGUGGAUGCGCCAGAGAACGAUCUGCAGCUUCGCUGUCAUAUUAGGGCUCAAUUCAUAUCUUGUGGCAUCAAGCGCCUCAUGACCAAGAUGGAAGGCUUUCAGUACGAGGUCAUCGAUAAGCAGAUUGAACGGUUCCGGGAGAAUGAAGCUAUCGACUACGAAGACCUGCUGCAGCGGGAAAGCAGCAGUAUCAAGGACAGCAUUGAGGGUGAGGUCAAGGAUAUGAGCGACCCCUCGCAAAUCACGGACGCCAUCACCUCCAGGAUCCAGGGUACGCGAGCUCAUGAUUACUUCCUCUCGGCCAUGCAGCACAUGCUUCUGAUUCGGGAGAAUUCUGGCGAGGAUGGACUCCGUAUGUAUCAAUUGGUCGACGCUAUGCUGAGCUAUGUGGCUAUGGACCGUAGACUUCCCGAUCUUGACCUCCGACAAGGGUUGACUUUUACCGUUCAAAGUCUCUUGGACCGCCUCCACACGGACUCCGAGGCAAGACGGGCUUACGAUGAAUCUCUUGAGGCUCGCCAAAUCGCGGAGGCUGCGCUUGCUGAGCGCGAUGAGAUGAAAGCCCAGGUCGAGCUCGGCGCUGAUGGUCUGGUCAAGAAGCUGCAGAAGCAGAUCGACGAGCAGACAGGGGUUAUUGAGCUGCAACGGAGACGUGAGGAGGCGAUGCAGGCAGAGCUUGCGGAUGUUCAGAGGCUCCGCGCCCAAGAAUUACAACGGAAUGAGCUGGAGACUCGAGAGCUCUACCUGAUGCUUCGAGAUGCUCAGGACAUCGCUGCCUCCAAUGCCAAAAAGAGUAACAUGGCCGAAGCCGAUCCUUCGCAGAUGAGAGGAAUCCUUGAUCGAGAGAAGCUCCUGGAGCGACUGGAGAUGCAGCUCGAGAGGACCAAGACGCAAUUCAAGCUAGAGGGCAAGGUUUGGGGUCAGCAUGUUACUUCAGAUAGAUUGCGUGAGCUUCGGGAGCAGAUGGAUGGCGAAGCCGAUGCAAAUAAUGAGCUCGGCCAGGCCACGGGUCAAGGCCUAAACGUCAACGCCUUCGGAUCGGCUCAUCGGAAGAGAAGCUACCUACCAGGCACCGAUCAGGAUGACACCUCCGAAAUCCAGACGCCCGUUGACGAGACCGGAGAGGUCAUGUAUGAAAAGGCACGCCUUGUGGAUCUCCACCGGCCCAAACUCAACCCCAAGCAAGCCAGCGGUCUAUUGGGAGAAAUCGCUUCCAAGGUUCCCAAGAUUGACGCCGAGGACGGUGAAGAAGGUGUCCCUGUGGACAACCAAUUGGCUGAACUUGGAACAGAAGAUGACGCGGCUGGUUUGCAAGGACAACAAGAAGGAGGACAUUCUGAUACUAGUUUAAUCGAACCGGUCGAUUCGAAAGGCGCUCCUGCUCCUGCUCCUCCCCCACCGCCUCCGCCGCCGCCGCCUCCUCCGCCAAGGGGACUGGGAUUCGCAGCGCCUUCCCCCCCACCUCCCCCUCCUCCGCCCCCACCCCCGCCUCCAGGAGCUGUCGGGAUCCCUCCUCCGCCUCCUCCGCCUCCUCCGCCUCCCCCAGGAAAAUCAGGGUUCCCGCCUCCUCCACCGCCUCCACCACCGCCGCCUGGUGGUCUUGGAAGGCCUGGGCCUCCUCCUCCACCUCCUCCCCCCGGUGUCUCAUUCGGUGCUCCCCCUCCCCCUCCGCCUCCCGGUGCCGGUGGAUUUGGAGGUUGGCGGGCAAAUUACAUGGCUUCCCAAGCCCUGUCCCAUCAUCAGACAGCUCUAAUGCCAUCUAUCCGGCCUAAGAAGAAGCUCAAGGCCCUUCAUUGGGACAAGGUCGAUACUCCGCAAGUCACGGUGUGGGCGUCUCAUGCUCCUACGCCCCAAGCGAAGGAGGAAAAGUAUGUGGAACUGGCCAAGAAAGGAGUCUUGGAUGAAGUCGAGAGGCUGUUCAUGGCAAAAGAGACCAAAAUAUUUGGCAAGGGUGCGGGAGCUAAACAGCGGACAGACAAGAAACAACUCAUUUCCAACGAGCUGUCCAAGACCUUUCAGAUUGCAAUGUCGAAGUUUUCCCAGUUCCCUGCUGACGAAGUCGUGCGGAUGAUAAUUCAUUGCGACACGGAGAUUCUCGACAACAUGGUCGUCAUGGACUUCCUUCAAAGGGAUGAGAUGUGCACUAUACCUGAGAAUAUUUCCAAGUCGAUGGCCCCAUACAGUAGAGACUGGACCGGCCCAGAUGCCGCCAGCGCCGAGCGGGAGCAGGAUCCUGCCGAGCUUACGCGCGAGGACCAGAUCUACUUAUACACCGCUUUCGAGCUGCAUCAUUACUGGAAGGCGAGAAUGCGUGCUCUCGCGUUGACGCGCUCCUAUGAACCAGAUUAUGAGCAUAUCUCCGCCAAACUGCAGCAAGUGGUGCAAGUCAGCGAGUCCCUAAGAGACUCCGUUGCUCUGAUGAACGUCCUCGGCCUGAUUCUUGACAUUGGUAAUUUUAUGAACGACGCCAAUAAGCAGGCCCAAGGUUUCAAGCUCAGCUCGCUCGCCCGUCUCGGUAUGGUAAAGGACGACAAGAACGAGACUACUUUUGCAGACUUAGUGGAGCGGAUCGUGCGAAACCAGUAUCCCGAGUGGGAAGGUUUUGUGGACGAAAUCAAUGGCGUUGUCGCCAUUCAGAAGCUCAACGUUGACCAGCUGCGCACGGAUGCCAAGAAGUACAUCGAUAACAUCAAGAAUGUUCAAGCCAGUUUAGACGCUGGCAAUCUCAGUGAUCCUAAGAAGUUCCAUCCCCAGGAUCGGGUUAGUCAGAUCGUCCAAAGAAGCAUGAAAGAUGCGCGUCGCAAGGCCGAACAGAUGCAACUGUACCUGGAUGAGAUGGUGAAGAGCUACGAUGACAUCAUGGUGUUUUACGGAGAAGACAACACGGACGAAGGCGCCAGGCGGGACUUCUUCGCCAAACUGGCCACAUUUCUGCUAGAGUGGAGGAAAUCCAAGGAGAAGAAUAUUAGCCUGGAAGAGAACCGAAAACGCAUCGAAGCAUCUCUGUCUCGCAAGCGGGUUAACGCAGGUCUGGCCAACGGCGCCGGGGCAGCCGCAGAAGGACCACAGUCACCGGUCACGAGCGGUGCCAUGGAUUCACUUUUGGAGAAGUUGCGUGCCGCGGCUCCUCAGGCGAGAGACCAGCGUGAUCGUCGGCGUCGCGCGCGUUUGAAAGAAAGACAUCAGGUUCGCGUGGCUUCGGGACAAAAAAUACCGGAUACCACGGGGUCUGAAGGUGCAGAGAGUGGACAAAUUGAGGAGACUGGCAGCACUGAUAAAGGCAACGCGAGUGCCAACGAGGCCAACACAACCGCCACGGGCCUUUUAAGUCCUCCAUUCCUAGAGACUGAAGUUCCUGAGGUCUCGAGUCGGGAUGCCCAGCAUGUGUCCGAGAGUGAAGAUGUUGCAGACCGCGCCGCAAGCAUGUUGCAAGGUCUUCGGGACAAUGUCGAUGGCGAGCGCCAAAGAAGAAGACGUGAGACGGCUGAGGAGGAGCGACGUAAACGCAGGCUGCGCAGACGCAACGGUGCUGCCAGUACUAGCAAAGAUAGCCCCGAUGGCUCAGUUGUAGCCUCUGCCUCCGAACCGCUCUCCCCUCCUAGGACGGACCCGAUUGAGCCUGAUGAUAUUAGUAUUGCUAGCCCUCGGGAUGGAGACGAGGCGAUGCCUCGAACGCCCUUGACACCGUCCAUUGUGGUCUCACCAACCGCAGACCAGCAGCUACGGCUACCUGGCGACGAUGAGCCGAUUGAAGGAUCCCCCUCAAAGAUCUCUGCGGACUAG